AUGAGUAUAUCCUCCACACCAUCUUCUCCAUCUAUCUGCGGGUCUUCUAUAUCCUCCAGUGCCACCAAUAUAUCCUUCUGCUAUACAUGGACCACUAAGCUAAAAACCCGAAAAACCGCUGAUGGUGAGACGACGAUCCUUUCCAUCUCCCCAAAAUUUGCUACAGUACACCAACUGAUUUCUUUUCAAUGGAAUAUUCGGAUUCAUGCGACGUCGGAGAUGAACGACGACGACGAAGAAGUGGACUACGUCGCCGUCGACCUUUACUUUGUCGAUGGUCCAGUAAACGAGGUGAAUGUGAUGGCAGAGGUCGGAGCGCUGGAGAAGACCUCCACGGCGACACUCGGAAGUAUUCCAGCGGGUGUGAAGGAGACAAAACUGACAAAAAUGCAAAAAGGAGUUGGUUGUGAGAUCACAGAUUCCGAUCGGGAAUGUGUGUCUCGAUAUCUGAAAGAGAACGUGGAGAAUGUGAUUAAAAUCUCGAUAAUCAUCAAUAUGGAGACUCGUCUGUUCGAGCCAUCCACCUAUCUGGACGCCGUGUCUCCCACUCCUCGAGCAUCGUUCCUCACCGCUAAUUACAAUGCACGAGUGAAUAGUAAAGUGUGGAAACGGAGGUCCAAAAAGCGGAUGGGACGAGUGGAGAGACGAGUGUUGAGUGAUAAGGAGAAGACGAGUUAUGAGAGGAAAGUGCAGAUGAUAUUGGAUGAGGAACGAGAGAAGUUGAUGGAGAGACGCGAGUUGUUGAAGGUGGAGAAGGAGGAUGGUGUGUGGGCGGAGUCGAGGAGAGCUUCGUUGAUUUCGCAGUUCAGGGAGAAUCAGCAUGAAUCUGCGUUGGAUGAUCAUAUGUUUAAGAGGAUUCUGGUGAGCUGCUGCGAGUCGUGUGAACAACGUCGUCUCUCCUUCAUGUACGACAGUCGGACGGAAGAUGAUUCAGAAGCGGACGAAGAGGAUGACGGUGGUGGGUCCGAUGGAGAGGAGGAAGACGAGGAGGAGCCACACUUCGAGUGCGAUAAAAGUGACAAGGAGCAUGUUCAUGAUAUGCUAGCCAACCUGUACUUCAACAAAGUGGUCCUCCCAGAAAUGGAAUAUGUCGAGGAUUUUGUGGAUUUUUUGAUUGACGCAGAAUUAAACGAUUUGCCAGUCUUGAAGAGAGCAUGUGAGAGAUAUUUGUGCAGUGAACUCAAUACGAAAAAAGACAUCGGCACCUGCCUACUUCUGGAUCUACUAUUCAACUCUAUUGUAUUCAAUCUACCCGUCAUGAAAUCAAUGACCCUCACAGAGUUGGCAAAUCGAACACACGAAUUUGUGGAGCCUGAUUCCCUGCUGGAUCAGGAAGAGUAUAAAAAUCUCGACAAACGAAUGCGUAACCUGGCAGACCGCAACCUCGUAGAAAUAAUCGAACAAUGUGUCACUUUUCGAGAUCAAAAAGCUCGAGUUCGAGUCCUUCCGACAGCCGAUUCGUUCGAUAAUAAUAACCCAUUUGAUUUGGCGAUCGCCAAUUCUAAUUCUAAUCAAUAA